AGAACCAACAUUCCAUCUAGUCCUUCAAUCAAAUACAUGAAAUGUCGAAAACAUCAGAAAACAUUGAGUCAGCUUCCAACGAGGACAUCUUCAGUAAUGGCGGCGCACCGUUGAUGUCAGCCGGUGACUCGUCGGCAAUUCUGGGCGAUUCUGCGCAGAAGAAAGUGUGGACCGACGAGGAACGCAAAGAGCUGGCCGCUAAACUCGAUGACGACCUCGAUACCUACAUUUCUGGCCUCGAAAAACGCCAGUACACCGAAGGAUGGCCUGAGGAUAGGUGGCAAGAGGAAAUGGAAAAGCAUCCUUUCUUUAUGACGAAGGCUCCAGGAGUCAAUGAUGAGCUUUCACCACUGAUGCAAGGACUGCAAGAAUUGAAAUACAGUACAACUGAAAAUACUCCUGAAGAGCUAGCUGCUACUUAUAAAGAGGACGGCAACUUCAAUUUCAAGUGCAAAAAGUACAGAUUCGCAAUUGUCAGUUACACGGAGGGUCUGAGACUGAAAUGCCAGAACGCAGAUUUGAACGCUCAAUUGUACAAUAAUAGAGGUGCUUGCCAUUAUUUCUUGAAGAAUUACAGGUCUUGCAUAAAUGACUGCCUGAAUGCUUUGAAAAUCAAUCCAGACUACAUGAAGGCCUCAAUUAGGCUAGCCAAUUGCUAUUUUUAUGUAGAGGACUAUAAUAAGUGCAUGGAAGUGUCUGCUAGUAUACUGUUGAAAGAACCUACAAAUGAAGAAAUUAUCGGCUUGAAAACGAAAGCUUUCGAGAAAAAAAAAGCGAAGAUCAGUAGUCAGGGUAAAAAAGCUUAUGAAGAGAUGAAAGUUAGUAAAGAGAAUAAGAGAGUGGUAUCAGCCGUACGAGAAAGGGGUAUCAAGUUACUUGGAAGUGAUGCUGAAAUAACAGAGAUAAGUCAGUUAGUGCCAUUAUUUAGUGAAGUGGUGAAACGUCCCGUACAUUUGGAAAAUGAUCGCCUGGUUUGGCCAGUCAUUUUCUUGUAUCCCGAGUAUGCGACCACUGAUUUCGUCCAGGAAUUCCAUGAAGACUCCCUGUUUUCCGAACAACUAGUAGAAAUGUUCUCAGACCCGCCUGAAUGGGACGUUGAACGGAAAUAUACGCCCGACAAAAUCAACGUUUAUUACGAGGAUCCAAACUCGAAACCUCAGAAAGUUUCAAAAACUUCGACCUUGGGAAUGGUGCUGAGUCGCAAAAACCUCUACAUAAGAGUGCAACGGAACGACCCAUUUCAGAUUGAGGACCCUGCCCUGGGAGCAGAUCUCGAUGGGUUUGAAGGCAAGGCAACUUCUGGAGUUGAUGCUGAAAUAACAGAAAUAAGUCAGUUAGUGCCAUUAUUCAGCGAAGUGGUGAAACGUCCCGUACAUUUGGAAAAUGAUCGUCUGGUUUGGCCAGUCAUUUUCUUGUAUCCCGAGUAUGCGACCACUGAUUUUGUUCAGGAAUUCCAUGAAGACUCCCUGUUUUCCGAACAACUAGUAGAAAUGUUCUCAGACCCGCCCGAAUGGGACGUCGAACGGAAAUAUACGCCCGACAAAAUCAACGUUUAUUACGAGGAUCCAAACUCGAAACCUCAGAAAGUUUCAAAAACUUCGACCUUGGGAAUGGUGCUGAGUCGCAAAAACUAUAGAGUGGACCAAGGAACCCCAGCCUUCACCUUAUUCUCAGAAGGCUCUCCGGCUGAGCAGGCAUUUCUCAAAGGCUGAUGAAUGCUUGCGGUAAUCUAUUUUUGUAAAUAUGUAAUAAAGAACGUUUACACGUUUUCCAAGGUUGUA